AAAUUUAUGGAAGCAAUCUAUUUAGUGAUCAGACCUUUUGAGCAGAGGUGGGAUCAGGUGCCAUGGAAGAGUGAGCAUUCCCUGCCGACAAGAGACAUUUGCCAUGUUCGACUUGUGAUGUUCGGGUGAACAGAACAAAAUCUAUAGACAAAUCGGUGAGACAAGUGCUAAACUGUUGAAGCAAAAAAAAUAUGAAACUUAAAUGCACUUUGAAUUUAUAUAAUCGCAACAUUUCGUAGUUGUAGUUUUCAAUUAUGGCUAUUCUAAAUCAACUUUUCAUCGACUUCAUGAAGAUUUAGUUUUCCUUUGAACGGUUAAUAUUUCAAACAAUUCUGAAAUCUAUUAAAAUGCAUCUCGUAUAUAUUCGACACAACCGUGCAAUCCACAACUCGUUGCAAAAAUUGAUUUUUAUUCCCUACGAAUGCACGUUAUCCGGUAGCGAACCUUGAAACACGCUUCAAUUUUACUUUUGAAACCUGUUAUUUAACUUUUAAUUUGUUGUUAUUGUGAUUUAAAUAUAAAAUUGAAUGAUUUUUAUAGUGAAACAUGACAGGAAAUCUAAGUCAAACAGCAUCGGACACCAUGGUUAUAGAACAAUGGCUUCAAUAUCUUUACGGCGCUGUAUAUCUUCUCAUCAGCAUAGUGUCUGCAAUUGCAAAUGGGAUCUUAAUCUAUAUAUUCUUCUGGGAGAAGACAAGAAAUUCGUUUUGUAUCCUACUGCUUGGCCUUUGUACGGGUGACUUUUUUAUGUCAGUUUUCGGAACGUUUACCACAGCUCUUGCAUUUCUCAUAGGAAGACGCAUUAUGUCUUUCCAUGUCUGUCAGAUACAAGGAAUCAUCAUGACUUUCCUCGGGCUGUCACAGAUAGUUCUGCUCUCUGCUAUAUCUUUUACGAGAUUUGUAAUAAUGUCUUAUCCAAACUUUAGACUCCAUUCUUGUUAUGCAAAAGGCAUUGUAUGUGGUUCUUACGGAUACUGUCUAACGUUGGCGAUAUGUCCAAUUCUUGGAUGGGGUUCUUACUUGCCAAAUGUUACUGGGACAUCUUGUGAGCCGAUCUGGGACAGCCUCGCUUUGAGGGAUAUCACGUUCAACAUUUACAUGCUAAUGGCUUGUUUGGCACUUCCUCUCAUCUUGAUUUGCUUUUCUUACUUCAUGAUUUUUGUAAAGGUUAAACACCAGUGUAUAAGCCAUGAUUCCAGAAAGAUUCGGGUAACAAAUACACUUCUUAUAAUGAUUGGAUUAUUUAUUCUAUCCUGGGCGCCAUACACUAUAUUAUCUGUCUUUCAAAUGACAAGGAAGAGAAUGGCACUGAAUCCAAACUUAGUGAGUAUUCCUGGAGUGUUUGCCAAAUUAUCAGCACUGUGGAACCCCGGCCCGUUAUAUACUUUUACAGAGAAAAGGAAUUUCGCAAAAUGUGUAGAAAACAUGUUUGGUGUUUUAAACGGUUGUCCAGCUGGCCUCGUCAUCCAAGUCUUCCCCAAAGAAGAGACCACACCGUCACGGGGGAAUGUUUUAUUCUCUUUAAAACAAGAUGACUUUAACCUAAAAAUAAAAUCUUGUGUGCAAAGUUAUCUGACAAGGUAUUUGUUAAUAAAGCUAAUCGAAUUGAGAGAAGACGUGUUCAAAGUUAAUUACAGUGUACUUCUUGGAUUUAAUUUUCUUGAAACUCAUUUUUUUUCUUGUCUUACACAAGCACUCGACUCAUUGAUUAAGAAAUCAAUAAGCUGCAUGUAUUAUUUUUUCAGCAUCUUUUAA